CCCAACCCUACCUGUUUUCUUUAUUCUUUCUCUACCAAAGCACUCUUCAUCUGUGCAUAAAUUACCCCAACCCCACACUCUAAGUCCUCUUUUCUUUCCUUCUUCUUCUUCUUCUUCUUCUUCUUCUUCUUCCAUUCAAUCCAAAUUCCAAAACCUCCAUUUUCUCUCUCCUCUCUCUCUCUCUCUCUCUCUGCCACUGCUUCUUCCUCUUCCUCCAUGAGAGUUUGCUUACGUUCUUCCCCAUGGGCAAAUACAUCAGGAAAUCCAAAUCAUCUCGUGAAAUCACUCUCAUCGACGCCUCUCAAUCCUCCUACAUUGGCGUUCGCACUCGUGCCAAAACCCUAGCUCUCCAGCGCCUUCAGAAGACUUCCAAUUCUCCCCCGCCUCCCCCUUCUCCGGCCACCUCCGGUUCCUAUCUCCAGCUCCGCAGCCGCCGCCUUCACAAACCACCCACACCCAGUAUUCCUCUUCCCAAUUACUCCAGGAAGCUGAAAUUGCCUCAGGGGACUACCAAUGCUCGUGGUCGAAGAGUUUCCGCCGAUUCCAGAGGAACCUCUAGGUUGGGGGUUUGUUCCGUUGCUGGUGGUUCUAUUGAGUCUGUGUCACCUCGGCGCGGCGACGCGGCUCAGGAAAUGGUGGUUAAACAUAGCGAGGUUCAGGAAAAUUUGAAUAUUCACGACAUUCAGGAAGAGACUUCGUUUGGAGAGAAUCUUUUGGAUUUUGAAGGUGGAAUGAGUAGGGAAUCCACUCCUUGCAGUUUGAUAAGGAAGCCCGAGAGCAUACGAACACCCAGUUCAUCUACGAAGGCGUCGAGUACCACUGAUGAUAGGAUACAGCUGCAGAACUCCUCUGCAACAGAUGUACCAACUGCUCGGGAAGUUGACGAUUUCUUCAACUGCGCCGAAGGAGAGCAGCAGAGAAAAUUCAUUGAGAAGUAUAACUUUGACCCGAUCACAGACAAGCCACUUCCAGGACGUUACGAAUGGGAGAAAUUGGAUUAGAUGACAUUCAUUCAAUAUAUCUGGACCUAUGUUUCUCAAAGUUUCUCAGGUUAUGUUGUGCUUAUAAUUGGUAGAUAGUCAGAUCUUAGUUUCUGUCACCCUUUUACUUGUAAAGAAGUAGGGCUGUACUAAUGGUCUGUAACAUAACAAGAAUUUGAAUUACACAGCAAAUAGAACUCAAAGCCUUCUGUCUAACAGAUUGGUCUUGGGAAGGAAGGGAACAGGCUAGAGGCAGGGUGUGUAUGGCUUGGUGUAGGAUUUAGGCUUUUGGGUAAUUAGGUGAAUGUGUGGGGUACAGAAAUUUACUUAGAAUUUUUUUUCUCUCUCUUUUUCUUUUCCUCCAUUUGUACUGUAUUUUCCUCCCUAUACUUGUACCGAUGGAAUAGUGGGAUAAAAAAUCCCCUCUGAUGGAAUAAAAUUUAACCAUCCCUUUUCCCCAUAUCUUGUUGUUGUUUUUGUCUCUUCUUCCUUGAUUAUCUUUGUUUGCAGUUUUUUGGUCACAGUAGACUUUGGCCCCUCUCUUACAUAUGUCUCCAUGCAAGACAAGUCACUCCACACUUCAUUUAUUUGAGGAUAAGCAUCACUGUGAUCUCGUCUCAAGGUGCUGGAGCCACCACUGUUCAGAAAGAAUCAGAAAUUCAGAACCUACUAUUUCGUAACCCUGUGUUCAUCCAUUUAAGAACAACAGAAAUCAGAUUUGAAGGGUGCAGCUCAAAUAUAGGUACUCUUUUCUAAACUUACGUUUCCUUAAAAGGAUCAAUUUUCAGUAAUCUAUAAGUUAUUAAACUGUCUUUUAGAGAAAAUUUACCUAAAAAGAAAAGGAUUUAAAUCCAUAUUUAUGAAUGAGUGAGAAAUGGGGGAGAGUAUUUUUGGUUGGUGGGUCAUAGCCAUAGGUGACAAAGAUGAGUGUGUGGGGCUAAAAGCAAAGGCAAAGGGCACCUAAGUCCUCUUCUCUUAGAAAAAACAGUGUGAAGGGUAACUUUCAGAGCCUGCAAAUUGCGAAGGCACAGCAGAGCACAGAGGAAGAAGAGAAGAUGUUUACAGGAAAAGAAAUUGGCAUGUGCUUUGCUUUGUGCUUUUCAUUGGAAGUGAGCCCCAGUGGUCCUAAGGUUUCUAACUAACACCUUUUCUGUGCAUUGAUGAAUGAUGAUUAUGACUGCAUUUUCUUUGUUCUUCCUUCCUUCUCUUCACUCUUAAAUGAGGCCUUCUUCACAAGAAACCACUCUUUAUGUGCAUGACAAUGACCUCCAUUUAAUCCUCUCCUUUCCAUCUCUCAUCCCGUCCCAUCGGUCCCAUCUCGUACCGUCCCGUCCCCUCCUUUUUUUCUUUCUCUUUUUGUUUGGUGAAAAUGCAAAUAGUUAGGGAGGGAUUGAAUUUUGCUGAUUGAACUACCAUUCCCAUUAUAAGGAGUUAGAUGGCCAUUAAUUAAGCAUAAUGAAAGUCUAGUUUUUUCGUUAAGAAAGAAAAGGGAAAAAAAUGGAGAUGUCGAGGUAAUAGAAAGUUCAUAAAAUGAGCCUCCUAAUAAAUGAAUAUUAUUGGAUCAAACCAUGAAGGAAAAACA